AUGGAGGUGAUCUUAGGGAUCGACCUUGGCACCACAUACAGUUGUGUCAAGCGUUUUAAUGUGACGACUCAGGAAGUUGAAUCUGUGAUUUUUUCCAAUCGAGAUUCUUUACUGAGAAGUACAGUGAAUUUUGACAACGGGCAGAUUGUAGUUGGUGGAACGCCAUCUUCGAACUGCUUUUGUGAUGUGAAACGUCUGAUUGGCCUGAAAAUGACAGACACGGAGAUUUUACCCGAUUUGCAAAAAUUUUCGUUUGGUGUUGAAGCCAAAGAGAACAACGAGAUUGUUCUCAUUUUGCAAAAGCGGAACGACGAGACAUAUAAGUGCAGUCCAGAGGAGUUGACCGCAGUUGUUCUCUACAAACUGAAGAUGUCUUCUCUUGUGGGACUUCCUCCUACCACACCAGUCAAGGCCGUCAUCACCGUUCCGUCUCAAUUCAUCGAGCCACAAUUGUUAGCCGUUGAAUUUGCUGCGAAGAUGGCUGGGAUUACGGUGAUACGGUUAGAGCGCGAGCCCACCGCUGCCUUCUUUGCCUACAAACAAUUGAAAUAUUCAAAAGAGGACUUGAGUCACGGGACAAUGACGGUAUUAGUCUUUGACUUUGGUGGUGGGACGUUAGAUGUGAGUAUCGUUGAGAUGAGUGGUGCGAGGACUCGUGUAAAAGCGACGUGUGGGAACAAUCACUUAGGAGGCCUUGAUAUCGAUGAAGUGAUCAAGCAGCAUGUCUUAGACGAGUUAAAAGUAGUCGACGAAGAGACUUACACCAAGUUAUGUGUGACAAGUAGUGCUGAGAGAAAGCGACAACGGAUGAAGACGUUAGCACUUCAUUGUGAGGAAGCGAAGAUCAAAUUGUUUAGUAAUGACGUCGAGAGGUGUUUAAUUGAACCAUUUGAAGAGGUGGAUUUUCAAAUGGUACUUGAAAGACACCAAGUCGAGAAAUGGUGUGAAGUUGUGUUUGAAGAGUGUAUGGUAGUCGUUCGAAAGUGUCUUGCAAAGGCCCGACUGGACAAACAUGAUAUCGACAGAGUUCUUGCUAUUGGAGGGUCCUCGAAGAUCGAUAAGAUUAAGGAGAUGUUAUACAGAGAGACUUCGAUUGUUGUGGAACAAGAUGUCGACCCUAAAGAAGUCGUUUCGAUUGGAGCAUGUUUACUCGCGAAAGACAUUCUUCAACAGACACAAGACAUUUCCCUUCCAGAAGAAAUUGUGUGUAGUCCUCUUCAAAUCGGCAAUUUCAAUAAGGAUAAAAAACUUUCAUUGGUCACUGUCAUAAACGAAAAUGAACCAAUGCCUUGUAAAAAAGAAAUCUCAGCAGUGACUUUUUUCGACAAUCAAACAUCAGUCAAAAUUCACGUCUUUCAAGGGGGGAGAGAAAUACAAUUUUUCACAGUAGAUAACAUCCCUAAGUAUCCGAAAGGUAUUUGUAAAUUCGCAGUGACAUUCGAAAUCACCGCAAAUGGCUUUUUAAAGGUUGAUGCAAGACUGGUCAGACCGUCUUUCAAGACCGCGGAAAAAUCAGUGACAGUUAAUAUACAACACAAAAAUUCGAGACAAGGCGAAAUCGAUCAUUUCCAAACACUCACACGAAAAAUUAUUUAA